UUUCCAAAAUGGCGACUCGAAUUUUGAAUAAUUAGCGGAGGGAAAAAAGAAUCGUGUUUUGAAUUGUUCAAAAUGUAAUAUUAAUUAAUAUAUUACAGUAGCAUUUUAUUUCGACUAAUUUAUAUAUGAUAUAAGGCAAUUAAACUACUAAUAAUGACAUCCAUCAUAAAAUUACAAGCAAUGUCAGGGGUUUAUGAUGAAUCCCCUCAUUGCUAUCUAUUACAGGUGGAUGAAUUUAAAUUUCUCCUGGAUUGUGGAUGGGAUGAAUCUUUAAACAUGGCAUUUGUUAAGGAAUUGAAAAAACAUACUAAUCAAAUUGAUGCUGUAUUGUUGUCUUAUCCUGAUGUUUUGCAUCUUGGUGCUUUACCCUACAUGGUUGGAAAAUGUUCCUUAAAUUGUCCGAUUUAUGCUACCAUUCCUGUUUACAAAAUGGGACAAAUGUUCAUGUAUGAUCUCUUUCAGUCCAGGCACAAUACAGAAGAAUUUGAUUUAUUUACCUUAGAUGAUGUUGAUGCAGCUUUUGAUAAAAUUAUUCAGUUAAAAUAUAGUCAGACUGUUAGUCUGAAAGGAAAAGGGCAAGGUUUAUCAAUCACUCCUCUCCCUGCUGGUCAUAUGAUUGGUGGGACUAUAUGGAGAAUUGUAAAAGAUGGAGAAGAAGAUAUUCUUUAUGCUGUCGAUUUUAAUCAUAAAAAAGAGAGACAUUUAAAUGGUUGUGUGCUUGAAAGUGUUUCACGCCCAUCAUUAUUAAUAACUGAUGCCUAUAAUGCUACUUAUAAUCAACCGAGAAGACGAUUGAGAGAUGAACAAUUAAUGACAAAUAUAUUGCAGACAUUACGGAAUAAUGGAAAUGUUCUUAUAGCUGUUGAUACUGCUGGACGAGUGCUAGAAUUGGCACAUAUGUUGGAUCAGUUGUGGAAAAAUCAAGAUUCAGGAUUAAUGGCCUAUUCUCUAGCUUUAUUUAAUAAUGUUAGCUAUAAUGUUGUAGAAUUUGCAAAGUCUCAGGUGGAAUGGAUGAGUGAUAAAAUAAUGAGAUCUUUUGAAGGUGCAAGAAACAAUCCGUUUCAAUUUAAACACCUUCAGUUGUGUCACACAAUGAUAGAGCUGAAUAAAGUUUCUGAACCAAAAAGAUUUAUUUAUUGCAAUUUCAGAGAGUUAGAAGUUUCAGAUUCAAGUGAAGGCAGCGAUGAUGAGAUGGAAGUUGAUGGAGGUGGUAAAACACGCCAUGAUCUGAUGAUAAAUACUGAGGGUAAACCAAGAGGUGGAGGAUUUUUUAAACAAGCUAAAAAAUCUUAUCCUAUGUUUCCAAUGAGAGAAGAAAAAAUUAAAUGGGAUGAUUAUGGAGAGAUAAUAAGGGCUGAAGACUUUAUGAUAGUUGAACCAAAUCCUGCAGAAGAAGAACCCAAGGAUGUUAAAGAAGAAGCAGAUGAAACUAUGCAAGACAUUACUGAAGUGCCUACAAAAUGUAUUUCAACAACAAAAAUUCUUGACAUAAAUGCAUCUGUACAAUUCAUUGAUUUCGAAGGUCGAUCAGAUAGCGAAUCCAUAAAAAAAAUCAUCUCUCUUAUAAAACCAAGGAGGCUGAUUUUGAUUCGAGGUACAGAAGAUAGCAUUGAUGCCCUGAAAGUUUACUGCCGCACAACGGGUGCAGUUCAGGGUAAAAUUUUUUCUCCAAAAUUGUAUGAAAUUGUUGAUGCAACUACAGAAAGUCACAUUUAUCAGGUUAAACUAAAAGAUUCUCUUGUGAGUUCAAUUGAAUUUGCCCGAGCAAAGGAUGCAGAAUUGGCUUGGAUAGAUGGUGAAAUAAUGAUGCAAGAAUUAGAGAAAGUAGUAGAAAAAGAUAUCGAGAUUAAAGAAGCUGACGAAAUUGAAUCAAACCAAGAAUUAAUUCCAACACUUCAAUCUCUACCACAGAGUUUGGUUCCAGGUCAUACAACCAUAUUUGUUAAUGAAUUAAAGCUAUCAGAUUUCAAACAAGUCUUACUUAGAGCUGGAAUACAUGCAGAAUUUUCUGGAGGUGUUCUCUACUGUAACAAUACAGUUGCAGUUCGAAGGAAUGAAACUGGAAGAAUUAACCUGGAAGGUUGUCUUAGCGAAGAUUACUACAAAGUACGAGAGUUGUUAUAUAGCCAAUAUGCAAUUAUUUGAUGUGAAGUUUAUAUAAAAUAUCAUCUGUGUAUGUCAUCAUCAUCAUGCAGUGUAACUGUGAAUGAAAUAUAUAUAUAUUAUAUAUAUAUUUGAAUGUGAAUAAAUGUGAUUAGAAUGGUUUACUUUA